AUGAUGAUACCGUUGGAGUCGCUGACAUUGCAACUUGGUAUAGUGGGCGCGCUUAUAUCUGCGUUUUUCUUCUUCAUUUCUGCCAUGGGAUUUUAUGGAGCUAUAAGUGGUUCACAGUUUCUAUUAUUUAUGUACGCAACACUGGUGAUACUUUUGUUACUUCUGGAAUGCGCUGUCAUGUUUUAUGUUUCGUCAAACGCUGUGGAGAAAGGACUUCAAGAGCACAGUGUGAUAUCACACUCAAUACGACUAUCAUUGAAAUGCUGCGAUGUAAAUGAUACAAAACCACAACAACAACUUGUUUGGUCAUGUUGUAAUGCUACAGCCUAUGAAAAUUGCACCCGUGAAGUAGCUUAUACGAUGUGCGUCUCACUCGCACAGCUAGCGAUCGCAGCGCCGUUUAGGCGCAUCAUCGUCUCCAAAACCUCG